CACAUCCACUGCACAUCUCAAUGGAUCACCUACAGUCGUCUCUUCCCUACCCGCUCCUAGACCCGACUUUUCCUUCAACGUCGAGAACCAAUCGGAAAACGAAAAAGACAAUGCUCGAAUCGCAACAGCUGAAAAGGAUGUCAACGACAUGCUUGGGGGUAUCCACAGCGACAUCCAUAACGCUCACACAAAUCCAGAAGCGGCAGGUCGAGUCCGACUCGCGUUUGGUGACAACUGGCAGACACACCACGAACAGCUCAAAAAGGACGCCACGGCUCUGAGAGACGCGAGGAUCACCAUCAAGCAUAGUGAUCCACAGAGAGCCGAAGACCAUCAAUACCAAGACACACUAAGAAGAGAAGGCAGAGGACCAAAGGAAGAUGACAAAAAGGACUUUAUAGCCCAUGUCGAUCGGACUGGUGUGAAUGACGAGUCCAAGCCGGGUAUCAUGUGGCUCGGCACUGGAUGGCACGAUGAUAAAGACUAUGGACGUGCGAAUAGGGCUGGUACUGCGCUCCACGAAACGGUCCAUGCUGUUCUGAGGGGAGGCGAUCAUAUGCACAACGAUG